AUGCGCUAUCUCAAAGCCGAAAUCUUUAUUCGGCUUGACAACUGGCGUGCAAAGCCCUUGGCGGAUUGGUUCAACAUGGUGCACGACGCUCGUCUGGAAAAGAAGUUCAGGAACAAAUACUGGGCUGCCAAUCAGAAGGCCAACAUGAGCAGCAUUCCUUUCUUGUUCAGAAAGAUCAGAAAGCCGCUCAUAAACUCCAACACCCAGCUUGCCGACGUGUAUUUCGUGGAAGCCAGAAAAAUCAUGCGCCGUUCUGUCUGGGUUCCUGGACCUGAACAUCCCAUCAUCCAAAGUGCCGUUGCCAUCAUGGUGCGAGCCGAUGAGGAUCCAAACCUCAAGGAGAAUCAACCGCUUAUCGUUCAAGUCUGGAUAGCCUGGUGUCUUCUUCAAGACGAACCUUGCAUUGAGACGAGCUACCUCGCCACGAUGAUCCACGAUCGUGCCAACAAGAACUCCGAAAUUAGCACAUGCUUUGCACACGAGUUUGCCGCCUUGCGCAGGGCCAAGAGCGCUCACUCUGACUAUAGUGGUUACAGCAAAUGGCUGCAUAUGCAUGGAAGAUGCCAUAUCAUUCCCUUUGAGGAGUUGAUCGCGAGAGAGAUCGUUGUGACCAUGGCUGGCGGAGUUCAGUAUCCUGCCAACAACACCAGGCAGAGCGGUAAGAACACCACAAAGACAAGUUGGACAAAGACUCAAAUCACUGACAAUGAAAAAGGCAACAACUAUCAGGGACAGGCAGGUGCCAGAACCUCACUCACCAAUCGGGAUCGGAGCCCAGAGGAGCUCUUUGAGCCUCGGUCUCUCUCUCGUUCCCGGCAGCAGGGCCGCCCCCGUGAAGAGACUCGACCUACCACGGACAAUCAACAGUCGAGCCAGCAACAUAAGAAGACAGCCUAUGGAACUGAGGCAGGAAGUUCCGGCAGCCUCCAUGGAUCCACCUCUCGAGCUCAGCCCGGUGGUUUAAAAUCUUCUCUGCCAACCUCUUCAUCGUCAAUCUCUUCUACUCCGACCUCAGUUAGAACUCCUUCAGCAAGAAUACCUUCCGCUCGAGCCUCUGCAACCCAACUUUCCUCAGCUCGAAACACUUCGGCAGAGAAUAUCGCAGCUUCCGCUUCCACCGGUGCCGCAGCUCACAUCACCACGACUCCCACUACGACUGCUCCAAUUCCAGCAACUCCCACCAAGGCAGCUCUUUCAACCGCAGACGCAGCUACCAUGACCAUGGCGGAUUCGAAUGCGAGCAAGCCAAUGACCCAGGCUGAUGUUGAGCGAAUCAUCCACGGGAUGCUGGAGUCCACCAAAUUGCUGACUGCAGCAAGCCAGCCUAACAACUCGCAGGCUGUCACCGCUGCAGACCUGGAGGCUUCCGAGAAGAAGGUGCUUGCCAGUGUCGGCAAUUUGAUUCACGCUAAACGCGACGAGAGACUUGACGAGAUGCUGCCGCCUAUCGAGAGCUCCGUUGCGAAGAUGCGAAGCCACUUGGAGGCAGUAGAUGACGCCAUUCGCGAGAUUCAGAAGAAAAGUCUUGAAGAUGAGAAGAAAAGUCUUGAAGAUGACGUCCGUGUUCAAUCCGCGGAGCUCCGAUUGAUGCAAGUCAAGAUGGACAUGGAGAUUACCAAGCGUCAGGUAUCCUCUCUCGAGAAGGCUGUGGCAGCUAAAAGAGCCGACAACAAGGAAGCCAUCAAAAAUCUCAAAGGCGAUAUUCGCGUCGGCCAGUUCAAGCAGGAGGCCUUGGAAGAGGAUCAGCAGAACAUUCGAGACGACAUGAAAACAAUCAUGGACGACAUUCGAAGCAUCAAGGAGAAGCAGGAUGCUCACGAAAAGUCUCAGGCGGCUGCGAUGAACGAGUUGCGCGAGAAGACCGUCUCCAGCUCUCAGUUCUCUGAGGGCGGCAAGAGUACCGAUUCCAUCACUUGCGCUCCCUACGCUCCCACGCCGAAGAAGGGCUCGUCCACUCGGAAGAAGUGA